UAUACUUUUCACGUUUUUUUUCAAUUUCUGAAAUUUUAUUAUUUUUUCGUUUCCGAGAACGAAUUUGAAGAAGGACUGAUCUUCAGAGGAAUAUUUUCAUUAUCUUGAAGGCAACUCACAAAUAUUUUUCAUUCAAUUUCUAGCAUUACAUGUUAAUAAUAUCUAAAUUUGGACAAGCAUUCCAUUUAUUAUUUUCAUUUAAAAUUUUUUUAUAUAUAAUGCUUUCAAUUGCGUCAAAAUGCGGAGCUGGUUUGUUGCAUUUGCUCCGGAAAUCAGAUCCGAACUUUAUUGCAGUUACAAACUUAUAGGUAACUACUCAGUUAACUGGUAUCAAGCUGUGGAAUUCUUGACGGGUAUUGGGAAAUGUCCUGCGAAAUCUACAUUCUACAGCUCAUCAAUAUUCAAAGUUAAUUUUUUCCGUAGAAAUGCCACUAUUCCCUGCUUAUUCAUCUGUUCUUCCUGAAACUCAAAAUUCAUUUACCUUGCUGGAUGCAGGUGCAAUUCCCUUGCCACCCUUGCCUGCUGACAAGGCUUCCAAUGGGGUUAUGUCCAAUGGCGUGCAACCAGACCAAAGACAUGAUAGCAAUUCAGGACUUGCCAGUCCUCAUGCCACUAAUACUUCAGGUGAUCCUCAACCUUUGUCUACCACCCCAACAAAUGAGGCGCAAGAGAAGCUAGAGAAGGAGCUUGAGACUCUGCUCAGUGACUCUCACUCUGAGGAUGAGGUUACUGAAACUGAAAAACGGAAUCUUAAAACGAGUACCAAGAAGAAAAAGAAGGAUAAAAAGAAGAAAAAAAAGAAAAAAAAGAAGAAGAAUAAAAAACAUAAGAAAGAAAAUAGAGAAGAAAGUUCUGAUGACUCAGAUGAAGACAUUGCCUCAGCAAAAGCAAGAAAACGUGUCUCCAAGUCUUCUGAAACAGCAGAUCGGCUUUCGAAUUCUCCCAAAUCAGUUGUGAAUGAGGAACCCAUUGUCCAAUGUGUUUCAGAGAUACAGCCCUCGGAUGUGAGUCCUCAGCGCGCCGCUGAUGCUGCUCUGCCAUUCAUUCCUCCUGGAAAUGAAGUCACGAGCAGCAAAACAGGAAAUAAUGACGAAACUACCACUCCGAGGAGUCCGUGUGCAUCUCCUUCAGAGAUAAAUAAUCCGCCUGAUGAUGCCUUGCUGAACAAUGUCGAGUCUAUAUCUGAACUUGAAAAACUAGAACUGAAGAAAAACGAUUUUGAUGUAGAAGCUUUUGACAAGUCUCCAUUACCAGUUGAACUGUGUGAUAAAUCUCAUAAUCCUGAUUGCGCAAGCAACACCAAAUUCGUCUCUAAAGAUCAUGAGACUAUUACCGAAAAAUCAGAGGCUGUUGAGCAGGAUAUCCUGGAGACGUCUGUGGAAGAAUCCAAAUUAGAAUCUGGAAAAGGAACUGAUGCAUCACUGUCUAUUGAAAUAGCAAAUAAUUCUCAAUAUAAUGGUAAGCACGAUGGAUCGACGUCGCAAGACAAACAAAGUAACGUUGCAUUGAUGUCCCGGGAUGGCGAACGGGCGAAAUCUGAAUCGCGAGACAAAGAUUGUGUCGAGUCACAUUCGAAUGAAAGGGAACGCGCAAGGUCAAAGUCACUUGAUAGGAAGCAGAGUGAAGCGAAUCCUCUUGACGUCAAACAAAAUGGGUCAGAAUCCCGCGACAGAAUACAUUCCAAAUCUCGUGAUAGAAAGCGAGAUAAAUCGACAUCUCGUGACAGAAAGAGGGAUAAAUCCAAGUCUCGUGAUAGAAAGCGAGAUAAAUCGACAUCAAGUGACAGAAAGAGGAAUAAAUCCAAGUCUCGUGACAGAACACGCAGGAGGUCGCGAUCACUUGCAAGACGACGCAGCAGAUCUCACCGAGGGCGGCGCAGUGCUUCUAAAUCCAGCAAAAACAAACGUCUGAAGUCUCGAUCAAGGUCCCGCACAAGAGCCAAGAGAUCUCAUUCGAGGAACGGUCGUUUGCGAAGCCGGUCCAGAGACAGAGCUCGCAAGUCUCCAUCACGAUCCAGAGACCGAGCUCGCAAGUCUCGUUCACGAUCCAAAAACCGAGCUCGCAAGUCUCGUUCACGAUCCAGAGACCGAACUCGCAAGUCUCGCUCACGAUCCAGAGACAAAGCUCGCAAGUCUCGCUCACGAUCCAAAGACCGCGCUCGCAAAUCUCGUUCACGAUCCAGAGAUAAAGCUCGCAAGUCUCGCUCACGAUCCAGUCGUUCACGAUCCAGAGACCGAGCUCGCAAGUCUCGCUCACGAUCCAGAGAUAAAGCUCGCAAGUCUCGCUCACGAUCCAAAGACCGCGCUCGCAAGUCUCGCUCACGAUCCAGAGACCAAGCUCGCAAGUCUCGCUCACGAUCCAGAGACAAAGCUCGCAAGUCUCGCUCACGAUCCAAAGACCGCGCUCGCAAAUCACGUUCACGAUCCAGAGACAAAGCUCGCAAGUCUCGCUCUCGAUCCAGAGACAAAGCUCGCAAGUCUCGCUCACGAUCCAAUCGGAAAAAGCUCAAGAAGUCUCGCUCACGAUCCAAUUCUCGUAACAGAAGGAGCCGCCCAAGAAGAUCUCGAAGAUCACAAUCAAGGAUAAGGAAAAGGUCUCGGUCUUCAGGAGACAACGGAAAAUCCAGAAAGAGAAGCAAGAAAAGUAGGGAUAAGAGUUCUGACUCCUUGAAGCCAUUUUUGUUGAAGAAUUACUCGAGUAAGCCUGUGUUCGCUGAAAUUAGUUCCUACAUCAAACCCGAGUCGGUGCUGUUUUUGGAGACCUCUGGUGAUAAGAACAACUUUGCUUUCCCCACGACUCAUUACACCCAGUUGGUCAAGUACAAAGCCAUGAAAAAGGUGCUUGGAGCUGAAAAUUUUUUGACUGAUGAUUACCCGAAGAAAAGCUUGGAGCGAUAUUUCCAAAAGAAAAUGCGAUCCCAAAUGCUGCAAAACGCCGUUGUUUGUCGACCAAUCGAAGAAAUUGAAACUGACGAGGAUAUUUUUAAGAAGCCCUGCAUUCCUGUUGAGCUCACUUACGCUGAAACUGUCAAGGUUCGCAAACUCAAAGCCGAAGAGAAGAAAGAUGCUUACGAGAAAUCUUCUUUCUACCUGGACAGCGUUGAUGUCAGUAACGGGAAAGACGAUGCUGUUGAUGCUGAAGAAUCUGAGUAUGAUUUCUACAUGAAACAGUCGAAAAGUUUCAAUGAACGGCUAGCCAAGGAUACCAAAAACGAAAGUUUGUGGCUAGAAUUUGUACAGUUUCAGGAUAAAGCAUUCCCUCACCUGUUCCGUGGCGGCGAGGGUGGCGAGCGCAGCUCCAAGAACAGCCAGUCCAGCAAGAAGGGUAAGAGCGCCCGUGCACUGGCCGAGAGGAAGAUAGCUUUGCUCGACGCCGCCAUCAAGAAGAAUCCUCACAGCCUAACCCUGCAGUUAGAGCGACUAGCUGUGGGCGAGGAGGUCUGGGAGCUGCAGACGUUAAACAAGGAGUGGACGACUCUCGUGUACAACUUCCCAAACAAUAUGACCGUAUGGCAACGGUACAUAGAGCACCAUGCCACGAGCUCACUGCAGUUCAGAGUUACGUCGGCGGUCGCGGCUGCCAGCCGAUGCCUGGAGAAGCUUCGACUUAUGGCCACAGGAGCCUUCGUGACGCACGCGCCCCCACAGCAUCCUGGCCUUUGUGCUGUCGAUGUCAUCGCUCAGGUUUCGAGCGUGUGGGCUCAGAGCGGAUACAGAGAACGUGCCGUGGGCUUGUGGCAGGCAGUGCUGGAGUACAACCUCUUCACCCCCGACAACUUGGCUCAGCUCAAACAUGAAGACAAACUACCUCUUCUUGAGCAGUUCUGGGACUCGAGAGCUCCUCGGAUUGGCGAGGAAGGAAGCCUGGGCUGGGGAGAGGCUCUCAAGACGCGCCAGGGGGCUCGUUAUACAGAGACAAUUCUUGAGGGGCAGUUUGAUGAAGAAGACAAAAUCGUAGAGUGUGCUGUGAAACGCUGCCCUAUUUUGCGCAGUCAGGGCCCUGAAAUUUUAAACGACUCUGAAGAGAGUGAAGAUGACGAGGCUGUUGACAAAGAAUGCAUUAGCACUGAAGAGAAAAUUGAACGCGCUGCUGCCUCUGCCAGACGAAGAGCGGAAGCUGAAGCACGGAAAGCUGAGUACGAAGGUGAGCUGCAGAAGCUUUGGCUGCAACUUGAAGUACUCAGGGAGAAGCGUUACUGGCUACCCUAUGCUGCUGAUCCUGAUGAUUGUGAAGACCCUGAGAGAAUGGUAGGCUUCGAACUGCUCAGCCCUUUUGUUUUCCCUUUGCCUCUCGGCGACAAUACUGGAUCAACUGACACUACUGACUCGCGAUACAAGAAAAGAUGGCUAACGGAUGACCAGCACGAGAAGUUCUAUCUAGUUUUGAGGUUUCUCCAAUUUUUGGGAGUUGAUACUGCAAACAUUGAGUCCAUUUUUUUCGAGUACCUGCAAUUAGAAGACUACUCUGCCGAUACCUUCGAUAAUCUCAAAAUAGAUUCCAUCGAGGGUUUACUGGCGAGUGAUGUGCCUGCUUCCAGGGAAGAUUUCUCAAGUGAGAUCGAUCUUCUUCCAACUUGCGGACCAUCUCUUGCUGAUCCUGACUGUGAUAAAUUUUUCAACUUCGUCAGUAAUGUGAUAGAAAGGUCAAUGUUAGCUUUUCAGUCUCAAUAUAGCAGUUAUCUAGCAGUACUUUUCAUCCGCAUUAUGAUUCAAAGGUACAAAGCAAUACAAAAACUGAAAGGACCACCCCAAAGAUUGCAAAACUUGGAAAAAUCUUUCAAGAAAGCUGCGAAAAACUUGCUAAAGAAAGAGGAAUUUCGAAGCUCUCUCUUACUGUAUAGGGAGUACGGUGCCUUGGAAGAAUGCUUCGGUAACGUCGCGGAAGCUGAAAAUGUUUAUAUAAACGCGCUGGUAUUAGGAAGCAAAGGCUCAGACGUGUUUGAAAAAGACCCUGACACCUUCCGCAUUUUGUCUAGUGUCACCUGGUCGUACUUGAAGCUCCACCUGUCUGUGGCUGCCGAGUAUGACGGGGACGAUGCUUCUGUUCACACGUCAUGCCUCAUGAGUGUUCUCUGCGAGCUUGCGAACGAAGGCUGCGUUUCAUCAACUGAGGCACAGCAGUUCCAGCCAUCCAGUGUACUAAGAGCAAGGAAGAAAUAUGCAGAGCUACUUGAACUCGCACUACUCACCUUCAUCAAGUCGAAGAAACUAAAUACAUGUAAUAACGCCAUCAUUGUGGAACUGUGCACGUACCUCGGUAUUCUUCAGUACCUAGCAAGCGGGAUCAAGGCGUUUUGCACCAUAUUUGAAGAAACGAUUGCCAGGAUUGUUGACUGUGAUAACCCAGCACGACGCUCCGGCAAAGCUACAACUUUGGCGUCUCUCUACAAUAACAUGGACACAUCCGUGGAAGCUUGCAACACUUCGUUGUCACUGCGUAAACUGAGCAACAACUUCCCGUGGGUGACAGGCCAUUUGCUGCAGGGUCUGUUUGAGCGUUAUGCUUGGCUUUGUAUCGUGCUGCCUCGUGUCACGUCUCAAGGAGUAACACGCUCUAGUGACGGCAUCACUCCUGCUAAGCUCAAGCUGGUCGUGCAGCAGGCGUUAGUCGCUGCUCCCGACAGUUCCUUGCUCCUCACUCUGCAGGCGACGAUGCAGAAUUGGCGGGAGCUGUUCAGCGGGGGUGGCGGUGAGCGUUCCACCAUCAGACAGCUCGUGUUCAGAGUUCUGCCUCAUCUUGCUUCUGCCAGACGCGUGGCUCAACUCGCUUACGCUAACGACUCAGCCGUCUGUGUAUCACACACGGUUCUGUCAGUGCUACGCUCCGUCGUGCUGAGAGCUGCAGGACAACACAACCCUCUUCUGUGGCGGUUGUACCUUCACUGGAGCGGGCUCAUGAAACGCACUUCUCAAAAAACAAACUCGUUGUUGUACUCUGCACUUACGGCGUGCCCAGCAAGCAAAUCAGUUUACCUGAGCGGCAUUGAUAGCUGCGAGACGUCGCCUGUGCUGCGUAGCACAGUACGUCUCAUGGAGGAGCGAGGCCUGCGCUGUCGACUGCCGCUGCAGGAGCUACAACUUUUGUUGCAGGAAGAACAGGAAGAGGAACCAGCAUCUAACACGCAGGACAUCGAUGUAGGAGAAAUAGGAAUAGCGGAAAAAUUAAUCGAGCAACUUAAUUGACUUUCGGGUGACUAGCAUCAAGUUGUUUUCAUUUUGUGCAAGUUUCAGCUGAAUAUAUUGUUGCUUAUUUGAUAUGAAAUUAUUAUUACAUCUCCAAUGUACGUAAUUUCGAAGAUUUUUUUGGACUAAAUAAUAUUUAAUGUUAGAAUUCAGGCUUUUCUUUAGAGAAAUGUGUGCUGAGGAAGGAAUCAGUUUUGGCUCUUGUUCCCAUUGCCAUUUUGUUAACCAUCAAAAGCUCAACUUGAAUGCAAUCCGCAUAUAUAUAAAGUGUUGUCUUCUAAGUGCAAAUGAAAUGAUCUUGUUG